GCUUGUCAAGUCAGAAACAAAAGAUCCGUUUGAAGUGCAACUGCCGCCAACGCGCUGACUAAUUAAUUUUAAAAAUUAUUGUGUUGUUAUCCGUUAAUUUUAGAAUAAUUUAGAAUCCAGGAUAAGUGUUUGGUUUCGUUACGUGUUUGCGAUAAAAAUUUACAAGUUCCAUUGUGGAAUUUUGCGUCAAUCGUUGAAAUCCGCAACUUCCAGUGAACGUUCCGUGUGGCAGGUUGCUUCGAUCAUUCCCGGACACUGGUCUGCUUGGAACCAUGGACAGACAAUCCGUCAAGUCGUCGUCCAGUGCCCACAACCUGCGGACACCUCCGACGGGCCAGAUCAGCUGGAAAAAGUUCCCCGCGCCCACCGGAACGGGCUUCGAGGACGAGGAGGAUAAGGAAAAUUCGGUCCGCAGAGAUCCCAGGCAGAAGCAGCUGCUGCAGCGAGUUGCCUGCUCCACCAGCAAGAAGCGGGUCCUCUUUCGGCGCCACAGGCCACAGGCGGUGGGGGAGCAAGCGGAGACACCGCCGCCGAGCGAUCGGAAAGCGGCCAAGGGUGGCCUCAAGCCGAGCAGUAUCUUCACGCCGUUGAACAAGCUCAGGACAUCCCAGCGUGGCAACUCGGGCACGGACUCGGACUGGCGCAGCUUCUUCAGCAACUCGUUCGAGGUCAACCAGAGCUUCCCGGGGAUCGUUAACCGGCGGGUGCGGCGGCGCGAUGCGGACCUGCUGCUGAACACUCCGUUGCGAUUCUACCGUGGGCCGUCGGAGGCACCGAUUUCCGUUGUUAGCACAACCGGCGGCAGGAAACGCCACCAGCGGUCAGCGUUCCUGAUGGAUCGCGUUCGGGUGGACGGUGCGAACGGGUUGCGGUUCACGGCGUUCCGGCCGAAGGGAUGUCUGGGGGCGGGAGUUAGUUCGCCGUACAAUAAUGCGUCGUACGUGGCGUCGGCGUCGGAAUCGAUUGGACGGCUGCCCAAGACCGGGAUCAAUCCGAACAAGGCGAUUUUUACGAUCGAUGCCAAGAGUUCGCAGAUAUUGAUUGUGAAUCGGAAUGCUUGUGAGUUGUUGGGGUACAGCUCGAAAGAACUGUGCGAGAUGCAGUUUGCCAGUUUGUUGCCGAAUAAGAAUAAGAUGCACGUUUCGGCGUUGUCCGAGGGUCAGCUGAACAGCGAAGAUGGCACGGUGAUCAUCCUGAGUGGAAAGGUGGUGGAACUGUGUACGAAGUCUGGGGAUCACGUGGCCGUUUCGCUGUGGGUUCGCCAGAUUGAUAAUGAAGCUCGCUGCUUGGCCGUGGCGGAACCUGUGGAACGAAGAGUGGCCCAACUGGUGGUGGACAAGGGCGGGUACGUUGUAUCUGGAGAUUACGAAGCGUUGAUGUUGUUCCAGCUGGACUCGAUCGAAAAGUUCAACGGAAUGGACGUCACGCUGCUGAUUCCGGCGAUUCAGUUGCCGGACGCGGACAAUAGCAUGAUUGCGAAGCACAUCCGGAAGCAGAAAGCCACCGGGAAAACGGCCGAAGGGGUGGCCUUCCCGCUCUGCCUGAUGAUUGCCCAUCACGACUCUGGCACUGACACCGCCGACAGCGGCCUAUCGAACCCGAACCAUUUGUACGUGAUCACGAUUUGGGUCUUCACCAACAUGUCCGGCCUGAUUGUGAUCGACGAAAAUUCCGUCAUUGAGUCGUGCAAUCAUCACUUCUCCAUGUUGAUGUUUGGAUACUCGCAGCAGAAGAUCAUCGGUGAGCACAUUACGAAGAUCUUGCCCAACUUUGGCCAGGAGUGCGACUAUUUGGGUUUUAUGGUGCGCAGUCGGAAUGCCACGCUGUCCUCGCUGGACAACGACGAGUCCGAAACGGAGACGGACCACGUGGACUUUGAGAACAAGGACGAGUUCAUCCACAACGCGAUCAAUAGCAUGAAGAUUGCCGAAACGGCGGAUGUCGCGACUGAAAGUCCAGUGAAGGAGUCCCGGAAGGUGUGUUUAGAUUUCACAGCCAACUCCACCAGCAACAACCGCACCGACGGCAUGUCGAUCUCGCUAACAACGGAUCAUCCUCAGGCGCCCGCCGACCCGCCAAACGAAUCCAGUGGCCUAUUCAGCUCGAUCAUCGUCUGUUCAGUUCCCGAGAACCUGCUCUAUCUGGAGAGCAACAGCGAAAACAACCGCAACUACGCGAACCUGUCCGGUUCGGCCAGUUGCAACGCGAUCAAAACGGCGGCCACAACGUCAACUUCGGUUGCACCUCGCGAGGGCGUCCUCACGAAACCGCCAGCGCUGGAGGAUCUCGUCGACUGUGAUCUACUCACGCCGGUCAACGACACCUCCAAGAGUCUCAUGGGAAACGCCAGCGAAGACAACAGCUCCAAGGAGCAACUCUACAGCACGGAGGACAUCAACUCCGCCCUCAGUCGGGACUAUUCCGCCCCGCUGAGCGCACCUCCGACGGUCACCACGCCACGCUACAUCAAGCCUUACGAACUCUCCAAAGCGAUGGUCACCUCAACCCCCGACCAACAGAAGCGACACUCGGCGGCGGCUGUCCUGCCCAACCUGCCACCCACGACGGCCCCCGCGGCAGGAGGUCCCCGACGAUCGGCCAUCUACACCGACGGCAAGUACCGCGGCGAGGCGAUCCAUUACGACGGUAACGUGAUAGACAUUCUGUACACCAUCUCGAAGCAAACGCUGCCGUGCGGCCGGAAGGUGUUUUGCAUUUGGGUGAGUCGCGAUCCGGAGUCGUCGUACAAUGACGUGCUCGAGGAGGACGAAGAUCGCCACCAGAAUCUGACGCUGACGUUCAACAGCAUCACAAGCACGGUGGACAACUCGCUGGGGCAGGCGAUUAAGAAUACGGCGGCUGCGGCGGGUCAACACUCGACGGAUCGACCCGCGUCGGCUUCGCGGAUGUCGCAGUGUGACGAUGAUCUGACGCACGGCGAGUACAGCAAGUAUUACACGCUGGUGAGGCACAUCGGGAAGGGGGCGUACGGGUACGUGAAGCUGAGCUACCGGAACUCGGACAGACUGCUGGUCAUCUCCAAGUUCAUCCUGAAGGACAAGCUCGUCCCACAGUUUAUGAUUACGAGCGAGGACAAUCGGGAGAUUCCGAUGGAGGUGUAUCUGCUGACCCACGUCAAGCAUCCGAAUAUUGUCAACAUGUUCGACUGGUUCGAGAACGACAAGUUUUUCCAGGUGGUAAUGGAAAUCCACGGCUCGGGGAUGGACCUGUUUGAGUUUAUCGAUCGACGGCCGGUCAUGACGGAAAAGUUGGGCUGUUUGAUCUUCCGACAGAUUGCGAACGCGGUGGCCUUUCUGCACUCGUUGAACAUUUUGCACCGAGAUAUCAAGGACGAGAACGUGAUCAUUGAUCACAACUUUCAUAUCAAGCUGAUUGACUUUGGGUCGGCGACGUUCGUGCAGGAGGGACAGCUGUUUUCCACGUUUUACGGCACAACGGAGUACUGUUCGCCGGAGGUUCUCGCCGGUAAUCGGUACAGCGGUCCGGAGUUGGAGAUGUGGGCGCUUGGAGUGACGCUGUACGUGUUGAUGUUCUUCGAGAAUCCGUUUGUGGACGUCGAGGAGAUUCUGCAGUCGGAGUUGAUCAUUCCGCACGAGAUCAGCGAGGAGUUGGAGCACGUGCUGUUGGGCUUGCUGGACAAGAACCCCAAGACGCGCCUCACCAUCAAGCAGCUGCUCGAGACGGAAUGGAUGACGCAGGAGAUCAACCAGGCGCAGUUCAACUUUGCCAAGAUAAUCCCCUGCGAGCCGUACGAAACGAACCCGGAAAAGUUCUACGUGGACGCGAACGUUUGCUCGAGCCAGACGGGCCUGUCCACCUCGCCGCAUAGUCUUUCGAUGGAGGGUGAGUCGAUGGACGGGGACGAGGAGCACGCCCACAUGGACGAUUCGUUCCUGGACGACGACGAGUGCUGUCCGCUGUCGCACGACGACGACAUGCCGCCGGAUCGAUGUGAUGACCACCCCGGGAACGUGCUCGCCACAGGCCUGACCAGUCUCUCGCUGCGGGAGCCGGACGGAACGUGCAUAAGCCUGGUGGACGGCGGAGGUGACGGCCGCAUGAACCAAUCGGCGAUGGGAGCCAUUCAGCAAUCGACAGGUUCGAACGCCGUGGAACCAGCGCUAGAGGAGGAAGUGGCCACGGACGACAACAGCGAGAUUCUGCUGGUGGUUCUGGACGAUGACGACGACGGCGUCGACGAUGUUGGCGACGAGGAAGACAGCCGGUUGUUCCGGGACGAUGACCUGUCCCGGAGCAGCACCCACAGCAACCGGUUGCACGGUUCCCCCAGUAAGGGAGCUCGCCAUCGGCGCCAGCAGCGACAAAGCCAGCAGCAGCAGCAUCGCCGUCGGAGGGCGUGGGAGACGUGCGUGCCGAAGGUGGUGGACACUUCCGGGGUGGCGGCGCCUUUGUCGGUGACGGAGGACUACGCCAACGAAAGCUUCGAGGAGGACGUGGAGGAGGAAGAGGAGCCGAAGCAGCGGCGGCACGUGAGUUGAAUUGGGACUUUUGGGUUUCGUUUUCUGUUUCGUUGGCUUUUCGGAGUUACGCCUAUUUUGGUUCCGCGUGCCCUUAAUUGAUCCGUUAUCGUCGUUUUUUUAAGCAAGAGAAUACUCUGAAGAUGUGUUGGUAGAAGCAGAGCAAGCAAAGAUUAGUUUUUUAGAAAGUAGCACAAAAAAUUAGCAAAAAGAAAUUAUAACAUAAAAUAGAAACAAAAAAAAAGAGAAAGAGAUUGUAGGAUAGUGCAAGCGCAGAUUUUAUAGUUGAUUCUAGAGAAAGUAAAACAAGAGCCAACAAAACUCACACCCAAACACACACACAACUUUGUCGUUAUAGCAAAUGAGAUAGCGUGAGGACGGCUAGAAGUCUAGAAAUUCACACAAAAUAGAGCAAAUCCACACAAAAAAGCAAAAGCAUCUACGAGAUUAUAUUAUAUCAUUGUUGAGCAGAUUAUUGAUUUUAAAAGAUACAGAAAUAAAAGCACACCCCGCAGCAAACCAAAAAAAAGAGAAAGAAGCAAAUUGUAAAUAUUUCGCGUCAAACAGAACAAGAAAAAGUAUUAAAGAUUGCAAGGUUUUUUUUCGAUGGGAAGAGCCACACACACAAACUUAAAAAAAAAAAAACAACCGAUAGUAAUUUCUAAUCAAAACCCAAAAUAAAACUAAUUUCUUGAAGAAUACCAAACCCCGAAAAGGAUUAGUCUUCAAUGCUGAAAAAAGGUGUUAAAUUUUCUUUCAAAAUAUGGAGCGAAAAAGAAAGUCCAAACGGGUUGCGUUGAGCUGGUUUUAUUUCACAUUGAUCUUUUAUUUCUUUACAAUUCAAAUAUAUAUAUUUUGUUUAAUGUACUUCUGAAUGCUUCUUAAUUCCAUUACAUAUAUCGACUACCAUUUCUUCUUCAUCUUCAUCAAUCAACAAUAUUGAACAAUAUGCGCUACUUGGGUUUUUCAUUUUCUUCUGGACCGUUACACCGGUUAAGUUUCAUCUAUUGAUUUAUUUUAUAUGUGUGUGGUUGCGAACAGUGAUUCGCAAUUCUUGCUUUAGCGGCAAGAUUUUUCUCCCCCACAAAUAUGCUGUACAUUUCUCAGAGCUGCACCAAUUUGCGAUUGCCUUGCAGAAAGGGUGGGAAAUUGUUACUAAACUCUUUAUAAACAAUGUAGUUUUCGAUGCUUUUUCCAAAAAAUAUUGUUAAAAAAUUAUAACCUUGUUUGACCUUGCCAGAAAACAGCUAAAAAAAUUAAAAAGUCAAAAAUUUACGGAAUAGUGUAAAAGCUUGAAUUAGAAACUGACCUUUUUCAAGACAAGACUUUAUUUUUAAAAUGCCAUAUGAACAUAGGAACUGACUCCGACUACGCAACAAAAAAAAAUGAUUAAAAAAUUCCAACUUUAAAAAAAAAUGGUUUAAAGAUCACAAUUCAUGGCCAAUUUGAUGAUCCUCACAAAAUUGUUCAAAAUUAUUGCAUAGUUUUAGCCAAGGUGUUAGCCAUAUUUAAAAAAGACAAAAAUAAUUAUAACAUUUGGUUAUAAAAAAUCAAUAAAUUUAUGUGUUACAUCAAAAAUUCAUAAAUCACUAUUUUCAUAAAAUACUUUA